ACGACAACGUUUCGGCCUGUCAACUGAACCCACAGCAGCAACAGCAGCAGCUGUUGGUGGCAAGUGGCAAGUGGCAACUGCUGUUUUUUUAAUUUUUUUCACUUAGAUAAUUGUUCGGGUUUGGUAGAAUUAAUAAUCAUUAUGAUACUUAGUAGUUUAGUACUGUAUUAUUGAGUUAAUCAGUUUGUAGUAGACCAUUAAGUUAGGUCAUAGGUGCUUACAGUAGUCGAAUUGCGUUAGUUUUUUUUCUUUCCGCUAUUAUUUAUUUUUUAUAAUUCGACAAGACUCGUAGACGAAAAAAAAAAAAAAACAAUGACUUGUCGACCUGACAACAAUGCUGAAGUGAUCGAUCCGUUCAAAGAAAACUACGACAAUUACUUGCUGAUCGAUGCCGGCGCCAACAUGGUCAACAAGAAAUUUACACGAGACUUGGAACCGGUCUUGCAACGAGCAAAAGACUCGGGUGUUCAAAAAAUUAUAGUUCCUUGUACUUCGCUGAGAACGAGUAAAGAAGCUCUGAGAUUGGCGAGAAUUUAUCCGGGUGCUUUGUACUCUACAGCAGGUAUUCAUCCGCACGAAGCGAAAUCUUGGGAAGACGGAUACUACGACGAGCUCAAAGACAUUGCCAAAAACACAGAAUGUGUAGCCAUCGGAAUAUGUGGAUUGGAUUACAACAAAGAUUUUUCGACGCCCGACACGCAGAGAAAAGUGUUUGAACUGCAGGUAUCGCUGGCGGUGGAACUUAAAAAGCCGAUUAUGUUGCAUCAAAAAGGAGCCCACGAAGAUUUCUUUCUUAUACUGAAAAAAUAUUCUGCCGGACUGCCGAUCGCUAUAAUGCACUCAUUCACUGGCUCGUCUGAAGAGGCCACAGACUAUAUCAAUUUCGGAAUGUAUAUAGGAAUUACCGGCGGACUGUGCAAAGACAGUUCAGGAAACGGUAUAAAGAAACUUUUAAAUGACGGUACAUUAACAUUAGACCGAAUACUAGUACAAACGGAUUCACCAUUCAUGUAUCCGAACGCACGAGCAGCUACCCUAUCGGAAACUGUAAAAUCUAGUCUCACUCAAAGAUCUCUUGGAUUCUUGCAACGCUAUUGUACGUUUCACCGCAACGAACCGUGUUCUUUACCCGUACUCGUCGAACUGAUCGCCGGAUUUAUCGGCAAGAAACCCGACGAGGUGGCUCUAGCCACUGCGUUUAACGCAUUGAAAUUGUUCGGAAUGUCUUAGAUGCAACGGUGCUUACGACAAAACAUACCUAAUACCUAUUUAUAUUGACUCGACACUAUUAUUGUUAUUGUUCGUAAAUGUGAUUUAAAAAAAAAAACUUUAUUUUUUAUAUAUAAUAUUAUAAUUUAUAACCAUUUAUAGCUGUGUUAAUACCAUUACAAAUUUUACUAUGCUAUUAUUUAUUAUGUGCCAUUAAAACAAACGUUAAAACACCAUUUAAUAUUAUAUUGU